UGCGUCAAAGACCUCGUUGCCGCACUUAACUCGUGUUGCCAAGGCGUACUCAUUGAACGCACCCCAACAGGUCUUCUUUGUCAUGACGAUCAUGAUAAGUUUCUGCAGCCGGCCGUGAGCUCGGUACAGACAUUUAUCCGUCCUUCUGCAAUAGGCUGCAUCUUUAGCCCCGAAUCACAAUUCUUCAGAGUGACCGGUGAAUGCAUUCAUUUUGACCGGUUUUAUGAAGCUUAG